AGUCCCUGGGAUCGGCCAUUCAGAGAUCAGGGGCAACGCCCCGCUGCUGCUUUGGAGGAGAAAACCGAGGGAGCUCGGGGGGCGGUGACAGUCAGGUAAGGAGCAGGAGGUAGGGAGAGCUGGAGACAAAGAGGACUGGGGCGUGGCUGAGGAUGCAGACUUCCCCUUCCGCAAACAUUUAUUAGGUGUCUGCUGUGUGCCAGGCGUGAACUCCUGCACUCCGGGAGCCUGCAGUUAUUGGGCCCCUCCUGUGUCCUUCUCCCCCGAUCUGGGCCUCCAACCCUGGGCUUGUGUCCCGGCGCUUCCCUGGCACAAUGCAGAACACAAAGUCCCAGGCGCUUAAUGGCGGCGCCUCCUGACCCCAUCGCCGGGAAGAGCGGAGCGGAGGAAACGAGAUCCUUGCGCUCCAGGAGCCUGCUCCCCGGGGGGCGGGUACUAAUCUGAAGCCAGCGUUUCUCAGCCGCCUCCUACGAGCAGAGGACGUCCGGACGCUGGAGAUUCGGUCCCGGCCCUCUAAGAGCUACCUCUCAAAGGUCGGACACGCCCCACUCCGGCUGAAAUAUCGCCCUCGGGAAUGCUCCCUGAACGCCCACCACAUUCCCACAAUGCUCAUCCGCGCGCUACCCUAGAGGCGGCCAUCUUGGCUCCUGGCAAGUGGGAGCCUUCGCGGGAACUCGAGGCACUUCUGCACCUGCGCCUGCGGCUACGUCUGUGACUGCGCUUGUGCAGUGGGCCCGCCUCGCUCUCGCCUGCCCUGCCCUGUUCCGUUCUUUCCUGACGGACCGGGAGUGCCCAGGGACUGCCGUGACCAUGACCCAGGCGGAAAAGGGAGACCCGGAGAAUGGGAAGGAGAAGAGUGGCGAGAAGGAGAAGGAGCAGCGCGGCGUGAAGCGGCCCAUCGUGCCCGCGCUCGUGCCCGAGUCCCUGCAGGAGCAAAUACAAAGCAACUUCAUCGUUGUGAUCCACCCGGGCUCCACCACCCUGAGGAUGGGGCGAGCUACAGAUACCCUCCCGGUCAGUGUCCCUCACGUCAUUGCCCGGAGACACAAGCAGCAAGGCCAGCCCAUGUACAAAGACAGCUGGCUGCUCAGGGAGGGGCUCAACAAGCCUGAAAGUACUGAACAGAGACAAAAUGGCCUGAAAAUGGUGGACCAGGCGAUAUGGUCCAAAAAGAUGUCAAACGGUGCGAGAAGGAUCCCAGUGUCCCCAGACCAGGCUCGAUCCUAUAACAAGCAGAUGCGGCCAGCAAUUUUGGAUCACUGCUCUGGAAAUAAGUGGACAAACACAUCUCAUCACCCUGAAUAUUUAGUGGGAGAAGAGGCUUUGUAUGUGAAUCCUCUGGAUUGUUAUAACAUUCACUGGCCUAUUCGCCGAGGUCAGUUCAAUAUUCACCCUGGCCCUGGGGGCUCCCUCACUGCCAUCCUGGCAGAUCUCGAAGCAAUAUGGUCACACGUGAUACAAAAAUAUUUGGAAAUCCCCCUGAAAGACCUAAAGUAUUACAGGUGCAUCUUGCUGAUCCCAGACAUUUACAACAAGCAGCAUGUGAAAGAGAUUGUGAAUAUGACCCUCAUGAAGAUGGGCUUCUCAGGCAUCGUGGUCCAUCAGGAGUCUGUGUGUGCCACUUUUGGGAGCGGCCUGGGCAGUGCCUGCAUUGUGGAUGUCGGAGACCAAAAAACGAGCGUGUGCUGUGUGGAAGAUGGGGUUUCCCAUCGGAACACUCGGCUGUGUCUGGCCUAUGGCGGCUCUGACGUGUCCCGGUGCUUCUACUGGCUCAUGCAGCGCGCCGGCUUCCCGUAUCGGGACUGCCAGCUCGCCAGCAAGACAGACUGCCUCCUCCUGCAGCACCUCAAGGAGACCUUCUGCCACCUGGACCAGGACAUCUCCGGCCUCCAAGACCACGAGUUUCAGAUUCGACACCCAGACUCCCCAGCCCUGCUUUACCAGUUUCGUCUUGGGGAUGAGAAGCUCCAGGCCCCCAUGGCCCUAUUUUACCCGGCAACCUUCGGCAUUGUUGGCCAGAAGAUGACCACGCUGCCCCAGCGGUCACAGGGAGACCCUGAGGACCCCCAUGAUGAGCAUUACCUGCUGGCCACGCAGAGCAAGCAGGAGCAGUCCUCAAAGGCAACUGCUGACCGAAAGUCCAUGGCCAAGCCAGGAGGCUUCGACAGCGACCUGCGCAGUCAGACCUCAGACAUACCGGAGAGGCUCCAUCCCCAGGAGGUAGAGCUGGGGCCAUCCCAAAGCGACUGCCUGAUGGCAGCAAACGAGUCUGAGGAGGCACCCACGGCGCUCAUGUCCAGGAAAACCGCCGUCUCCCAGUUUGAGGGCAAAGCGCUGGGCCUGGACAAGGCCAUCCUGCACAGCAUCGACUGCUGUGAUGAUACAAAGAAGAAGAUGUACAGCUCCAUCCUGGUGGUGGGGGGUGGCCUGAUGUUCCCCAAGGCCCAGGAGUUCCUGCAGCACCGAAUCCUGAACAAGAUGCCCCCAUCCUUCCGGAGGGUCGUCGAAAACGUGGAAGUCAUCACAAGGCCGAAGGACAUGGAUCCUCGCCUCAUUGCAUGGAAGGGUGGAGCCGUGCUGGCCUGUCUGGACACCACGCAGGAGCUGUGGGUCUACCAGCGGGAGUGGCAGCGUUUUGGAGUCCGCAUGCUACGCGAGCGAGCAGCCUUUGUGUGGUGAGCCUGGAGCACGCCGUGCGGGACAGCAAGCCACGCGGUAUGGAAGACUUGUAUCUCCUUUAUUUCCCUAUUUAUUGUCCUUGGGUUGGGGGCUUGUUGGACAAGACGUGGAAUUCAGCUCUGCUGGGGCUCGCAUAGUCUCGGUUUCAGAACUGCCGAUGACAUGUGGGCUAUGAUCAGGCGCUUUGGAAUAAACUUUUGGCAUUGCCUCAC